CUGGUGUAUUUCGAAGCAUUUAGGACGGAAAUAACAGAGAAAAGUCACCGCGCAGAGCCUCACUCCGCGGCAGAUAGGAGAGGUUUAAACGCCUCCCAAAUUAAAUACAGAAAAGUUCAAAUAUUUACGGAGCUUCCACAUGAAGAAGAACUUCAUCGCUAUCCGCUGGAUUAAAUUUUACACUUGAUUGUUUCGUUUAAAUGUGUAUUUUAUACAUUUAUAUGUGGCGAGAAAACACAAGUGUGGCUGUGUUCCUGAUGCUCUGGGAAGCAGCAGGCUGAGUUGAGUCUCCACGGUUCUCAUGGUGUGUUUAAGUCCCUCUCGUUGCUGCCGGUCGAUUAUCAGUCUGAUAAGACUAGUUGUGAGAAGAUACUCGAUACUACGAUGGCAGAAGUUGCUCCCGCCGCUCCAGCAGCACCCGCCGCCCCGGCCGCACCGGCCAAGGCCCCGAAGAAGAAAGCCACCAAGACGACGAAGAAGUCCGGACCCGGCGCCAGCGAGCUCGUCCUGAAAGCGAUCACUGCCUCCAAGGAGCGCAAAGGUAUUUCAUACAUCGCCCUGAAGAAGGCCCUGGCAGCUCAGGGCUACGAUGUGGAGCACAAGAGUGCUCACAUCAGACGCGCCGUGAAGAGCCUGGUGGAGAAAGGAGCUGUGGUGCAGACAAAAGGAGCCGGAGCGUCCGGAUCUUUCAAGGCGAGCAAAGCCGCUGAGAAGCCUAAGAAGCCCGCAGCAAAGAAGCCCGCCGUGAAGGCCAAGAAGCCCGCAGCGAAGAAACCCGCUGCUAAGAAGGCAGCAGCCGCCAAGAAGCCCGCAGCUAAGAAGACAAAAGCAGUGAAAGCGACUCCCAAGAAGGCCAAGAAACCCGCAGCAGCCAAGAAACAGUCUGUGAAAAAGGUCACAAAGAGCCCGAAAAAGAAGGUGGUGAAGAAGGCAGCGACACCCAAGAAAGCCGCCAAGAAGGUGGUGAAACCCAAAGCGAAGAAGGCAGCAGCAGCCAAGAAACCAGCCAAGAAGUAAACUUUCCAAAGCAGGUUUCACUCCGAAAAAAAGGCUCUUUUAAGAGCCACCCAAAUCCAAAAAGAGCACUUUUCCUCCAAACGUGUUUUGUUUGUGUGUUGAAUAAUUUCUCCUUUUUUAAUGUUGACAUCUCGGGAAACGAGUGAAAGUUGUAUAUUACAGGAUUCCCUUCAGUUUGUUAAAGACAUUUAGUAUUGCUGUUCUAUUUUGCUAAUAAAUGUAUAUUUUUA